AUGUCAGGGGACUCUCUGGUCACUGGCUCCUUUGUGGUGACUGACUAUGUGGUGUUUGCGCUCAUGCUCCUGGUGUCUGCUGCCGUCGGAGUCUACUUCGCCUGGGCAGACAGGGGCCAGCGGAGCUCGGGGGACUUCCUAAUGGGGGGUCGAAGACUGACAGCUCUGCCUGUCUCCCUGUCCCUGACCGCCAGCUUCAUGUCAGCCAUCACAGUGCUGUCCAACCCAGCCGAGGUGUACCGCUACGGAGCCAGUAUUGGAUUUUAUGGUCUCUCCUAUUUAAUGACGAUGCUGGUCACAUCUGAAAUCUUUCUUCCAGUCUUUUACAGGCUGGCCAUCACCAGCACAUAUGAGUACCUGGAGCUGCGUUUCAGCAGAGCAACCCGUCUGCUGGGAACUGUGCUCUUCAUCACUCAGACAAUCCUCUACACUGGAAUUGUCAUUUAUGCCCCAGCUCUUGCUUUAAAUCAAGUAACUGGGAUGAAUCUGUGGGGUGCAGUCAUUUCCACAGGUGUUGUCUGCACCUUCUACUGCACAAUGGGGGGUCUGAAGGCGGUGGUGUGGACAGAUGUGUUUCAGCUUGGUGUCAUGCUUGCAGGCUUCCUGUCUGUCAUCAUCAGGUCUGUGGUCGUACAGGGUGGAGUCCUCCCCAUCAUUUCAGAUUCACAGCAAGGAGGGAGAGUCAACUUUUGGGACUUUGACACAAACCCACUAAGGAGACACACUUUUUGGACCAUAACCAUUGGGGGGACAUUUGUCUGGGUUAGUAUCUAUGGGAUCAACCAGGCCCAGGUUCAGAGAUACAUCUCCUGCAAGAGCAUCACUCAUGCAAGACUAUCUCUGUACAUCAACCUGUUGGGUCUGUGGGCCAUCUUGCUGUGCUCAGUGUUUGCAGGAAUGUGCCUCUUCUCGGUCUAUAAGAACUGUGACCCGUGGACCGCUGGACUGGUUUCAGCUCCUGAUCAGUUGAUGCCAUAUUUGGUGAUGGACAUCUUGGGACACUAUCCUGGCCUGCCUGGACUGUUUGUUGCGGCUGCAUAUAGUGGAUCUCUCAGCACAGUGUCCUCCGGCAUCAAUGCACUGGCUGCAGUGACAGUAGAGGACCUGAUCAAACCAUACACUAACAUGUCUGAGAAACACCUGUCCUGGAUAUCUAAAGGACUAAGUCUUGUAUACGGGGUUUUAUGCAUUGGAAUGGCUGGACUGGCUUCACUAAUGGGAGGGAUAUUACAGGCAGCUAUCAGUAUAUUUGGGAUCAUCGGAGGUCCAUUACUUGGCCUGUUUACACUGGGAAUCCUCUGUCCAUUUGCCAACUCCAAAGGAGCUCUGUCAGGUCUUGUGUCAGGGUUGGUUGUGUCUCUCUGGGUGGGCAUCGGAGCCCAGAUAUACCCUCCCCCUCCUGAGAUGACCCGACCUCUAUCACUGACCACUGAGGGCUGCAACUUCACCACCACAGAGAGCCUCAACUGGACCUCCACUGCUCUGCCAACACAGCCAGCCUCCAUCAACACAGCCCCAGCACAUGACAUUAAUGCCAAGCCUCUGCUGGCAGAUAACUGGUACUCUCUGUCCUACCUUUACUUCAGUCCUAUCGGUACUAUCAUAGCUAUUAGCGUCGGACUGUUAGUCAGUCUGUUUACAGGAGGCUGGAAGCCAAAGGUGGAAUCGAGGCUUACAUUAAUGAAAGAAGACACGUCUCUUUAUCACUUGUUUAAGUUUUUCAAGGACAGAGUCAUGAGACAAACGGGAAAACUUGACCUGACGAGGGACAGAGAGAGGGACAUCGGCAGCACCAAUCCUGCUUUCUGUGAUGUUGAGCUGGACUUAACAAAAAGCAGCAUACCUACUUGA